AUCAAAGAGUCCAUAGAAUCAGGCCACUGGACACCCUUGGGAGAGUUUUUGGCCCUUCCUCUUUUUGUUUGUUCCCCCAUGACCAACUUGCUCAUGUUUCUCUGUUACCACACUCAGUCCCAGGAUCCCACUAGACAUAUCUGGUUUACAUAUCUGGUUUCAUCUCAAAACAGAGCCCAUUGUUCCCUACAAUGAUAUUUAACACUACAACAAAACAAUAUGUCUUUUGUAAUGCCUCAGGACCUGGGAUUAUCUCCCAGUUAUGCAUUCUAUUAUAAAGCUGGAUGAGGCAGGCUGGCUGGGUCAGUCCAAGUGCUACCACAGGAGAGGGGGACGGGCUUCCCAGUCACUCACUAGCUGUUCUUCAGCCAGGACAGAGAGAGGGACAGAGAAAGAAGCAGAAAGAGUGCGAGGAGUGUAAGCAACGACGACUGACACUGAAGAUGGUGCUCCUGACUGCCAAAAUCAUGGAGAGGACUGCGCUCUUUGUGAUAUUCGGGGGUCUGGUCACUACUCUGGUCACCACCUUCAUUCCCCUGUGGAAGACCUUGAACUCAGAGCUGAACGAAGUGGAGAACUGGUACUCAGGCCUGUGGCACAUCUGCAUCUUUGCCGAGGAGGUUGGGAUGCAAUGUAAAGCCUUUGAAUCCCUCAUGGCCCUGCCCAUGGACUUGCUGGCUUCCCGGGUGCUCAUGCUGGUGUCUGUGGGUACUGGGGCCCUAGCCGUGGUGGUGGCCUUCCCGGGCCUGGAGGGGGUGGAACUGGGCUCUGGGAGGCAGCAAGGGUUAAAGAGGGGCCUCCUCAUUGUCAGUGGGGUGCUGUCCUGGGUGUCGGGGCUCACAACACUGGCCCCCGUCUCCCUGGUGGCCUACGUGACCCUGGUGGAGUUCUGGGACGAGAACCUGCCUGACGUCGUUCCACGCUGGGAGUAUGGCGAGGCCAUGUUCUCCGGCUGGUUUGCGGGUCUCUUCCUGGUCAUUGGAGGCUCUCUUUUCUUUGUGGCUGUGUGCAUGGCGGAUCAUGACAGGCAGCAGCGAGUGGCCAGCCUCCCGAACACCCCCCAGGAAAAGCCAAGGAGUCAGUACUACUUAAAGACAGAGGUUUUAUAGUCUCAUUUUCACUUAAUGAAUGGUGGUAGCUUAGAAUGCCUAGUUUGAAGGAGAAUGAUAAAGUUGAAUUCAGACUGCGACUGCCUAGGUUUAUUUUGAAAUAUGAAAGGUCACAUUUGAAAUGUUUGAAAGAUAUAUUUGUAUAUUUCAAUAUUGUUGAACAUGGAUAAAGUGCUGUAUUUCCGAUAUAAAAGUGCAAUGAAAACCUUUUUGUCUGUA